UAUCUUUUAUAGUAAAUAGGAAUGAUGCAGUUGUAACAGAGAAACGAACAGACGUUUCUAUACUAGGCUUUGUUUUCAAUACAUUUUGUUGACGUAUUAAAUGAACUGAAAAAUUUAAUUAAAUGUUGCCCUGGAUAGAUACGUGCUGGUGCUAAGUUAGUGAUAGUUUGAAGUAAGAACGUCGAGUUUUAAUCAGUACUGAUGUUUUUCGUUUUGCGGCGGUUUAUGGUGCUUCAUCAAGGUUUUAUUGCGUUUUCUUUUGUAUCAAAAUUCGUCUCUUAACCCGUCUGUGUUAGUAAAUGUUAGGGAACCUUAUGUUUUGAUUUAUUUUCAUGCGCUUCCAGGGAAACAAAUAAACUUGUAAAUAUUUAUAUUUUGUAUCACAACAUUUCGACCGCUCUUCAGUAUAAAUAGUUUGAACAGUUAUCAAGCCUCAAAGAAGUUUAAGUUCCUUUUUGAUUAAUUCGGUGCAGUGACGUCUAACCCAACAUUACAUAAAUCCUGCAGGAGCAACAGGAACAACAACAGAAUCAACGACCAGAGGAAUGUAUCGUCCGAUAUAAAUGCUUAAAAUUUUUAAGUUAUGGAAUCAGAAGACCUUCUGCGAUAUUAUUUGGAUGAAGUCAAAGAUACUCAAAAUGAUAUCAACACGUUAGAAUUAGAGGAUCUUAUUCCAAACGAGGCUGAACAGGCCACAGAUUUUCUAGUAAAAGCGGGUCUUUCAAAUCUAAAUCAACUUUACCAACAAGGGCAUGAAAUUUCGGAAAAUGUGGUAAAAGACUCAGUCAGGCAAAGUCAUUUGACUGAAAAGCAGGCUCAAACUGUUCGAUCGCGAGUCGCAACCCUUAAUAAAACUCUGCGUAGUCGUCAGCCACGCAGAAAACAUCGCCAAGAUGUUAGAGAUGUUGCUUGGAACGUUGAGACUUCUAGUACUGGAACAAGGUCCAGAAGUGCCACACCGGAUUCAUUAGAUUCAGGGGACAAUCCCAAUUCGCAAAACGAAGAUCUCACUUCUGACGAAGAUCAUCAAUUAUCCUCGCUACCUCCAUUUCCCUCCGAACCCACGCAACAAAUAAGCAAAAAAUCGAAAAUAAAAUGGACUUCGAGUGAACCUUUACAAGGUGGGAAAAAGUUCACUCGAUAUGAUAACAAAGGAGAUAUUGCCCACUUAGGGUCAGAAAAUGUGGUAUUGAAAGGAUACCAGCCGCUUACCGAAAGUGGUUCUCCAAUCUUUCCUCUAAGGGGCCGAAGUGGCAGUGAUCCGACCACAGAGGUACAUUUGCAGCCUCUGAAGUCGCAAAAUUCGGAUAUAUUUACGGGACAUACUCCAAAUUUGCAUACUCAAUUAACCAGGACCAGCAAUAAUAUUGUAACAACGAACAAUCAUUGUAGCACCGUCUACAUUCAUUGUAACGAACCUAACGAAAAUGAAGCUAUUAGCUUUGAAGGACUGAUUAAGCAAAGUGAAGUAAAUAAUAAGAAUGAAUCAACGAAUUGGGAAUUAGAAGAUGGAGUGUGUGUAGAUGAACUUAGCGAUAGUGAAUAUCAGUAUUUAAAGCCACUGUUAUAUGUGGAAUUAGUUGCCAUAUUUGAUCAGUAUAAAAUAAGCUAUCAUAAGAAAAAGGCCAGUACAAAAAGCAAAGGUGGUAACGUUUUUGGAGUAAACUUAUCAACUUUAGUAAUGCGUGACAUGCCAACACCAGCGGAUAAUUCCAUGGUACCUGUAAUAUUCCAGUGCCUUAUUACGCAACUGAACACAAGGUGCAUUACCGAGGAUGGUAUCUUAAGGCUAGCGGGACAGAAGCAAAAAUUGGAGACUUUGUGCUCGGAAAUAGAGUUAAAAUUUUACAAUAGCCGACCACAUGUUGAGGAAUUGCUGCGAAAUGCCACUGUGCACGAACUGACUGGAGCUCUUAAGAAAUUACUUAGAGACUUGCCAGAUCCCAUUUUUACCAUGGAGCUCUUUGAUAUGUUUUAUAAAGCUGGAUCUAUUCCAAAUAUUGAGGACAAAAUUCGGUCAUUGAAUUUGCUGGUUUUAAUGCUUCCGAUCGAACAUCGGAAUACCUUCCGGAUUGUGCUCAGUUUUCUCCUAAAUAUUAUAGAGCAUGAAAGCAAAAACAGAAUGGGACUGCACAAUGUGGCCAUGAUUACUGCUCCCUCAUUUUUUCCUCCAAAAUUACUUUUACCCAGGGAUAAUCGAAAAUUCAUUGAUAAACAAGUGACUAAGGAAGAACUGGCCAAGCAAAUUAAUGGUGCCGCAGUUUGCUGCUGUAUCAUGGAGACUCUUCUGAAAGCAGGGAAAAAACUCUGGACAGUACCCAAUUAUUUGGCAUCUCAGGCGAGAGAAGCCCAACGAAAAGCCCAAGUCAGAAAAGACCUGGGAAAGGACAAAGAAAGGAAAAUGCGGUCAGGAAAAACAAAGUUAGUGAGAAGUAGUACUCAGUACGAACCAGGUGCAAUGAAUUUACCAAGAAUCAAAAAGGACUUUUAUGUGUAGCAUUUAGUGUUAAAACUCAUUCCGUUAACUUAUCCACGUUUUAAUAUUGCGAAUGUUUCGAAAUUGAAUCUUUUGUUUUUCAACUUAAUUAGCUCAGUCUAGUUUGAAUACCGGUUUUUGUUCUAUUUAUUUUAGCUUUUGAUUAUACCUGCUCGGUAACGGCAAUGUAAAUUCCGUAACUUUGCUGUGAAGUGACGAAAAUUUUUCCACCAGACUAAAAUCCAUUAGGGAACUAUUAGUUUCAAAUCCACCUUAAAAAACUUAACGACAUUUCUGUUUGAAUUUCAACAGAUUCAAAGCGUUUAUUAUCUACCAAAUACCUCCAGUAAUUUUAGGAACGUACUAACUAACUGUUAAAUCAUGCUCAUCAGAUAAACGUUAUAUUGUGAUUCUAACGGUAUUAAUCUUAAAAUAUAAUCGAACAUAAUAA